GGAGAAUCAUGUCGAUGUUCGUCGUGGUCGGCUCCAAGGAGCCGCUGUACAAGAUGGAGAUGCGCGCGCGGAGGGAGGAAAGCGCGCAUGUAGACGAAUUUGUACUACAUGCAGCGCUGGAUCUGGUGGACGAGCUCAUGUGGACGACGCCCGCCAUGGCGCUCAAGGUUGUGGACCGAUUCAACGACCAGCUCGUGUCAGCAUUUGUUACGGCCUCAGGCGUCAAAUUCCUGCUGCUACACGAGACCCGCAACGAUGAUACUGUCAAGGCCUUUUUCCACGAGGUGCAUGAGCUUUACGUCAAGCUGCUAAUGAAUCCAUUUUACGAGUAUGACACGCCGAUCUCCUCCGAGGUGUUUGACGCGCGGGUGAAAACAUUGGCGCGCAGAUAUUUGUAAGUUCAAGAGAGUUCAUAUCUUAACAUUAAAAUAAAACCAAACUAGUCUCGAUUAAAGGGCAGCAAUACAAAAAAAGUGUUUGAAAGUCCACGCGGCAGAGCGCGUUGAAACUAGCUUUAUUGCAAAAUAGCUCUCUGGUUCAUUGAUCCGAUUAAGUGGCGGCUGUAAAAAGCCGCCAAACUUAAGCGCGCACAACCUGGCCAGCAAUGCGGUCCAGGUCCUGCUGGCCGUGGCUGGUGAUCUUACGGCCACCCUUGUUAACACCCUCGGGGCACUUCUCCACGACCUUCAUCUCCUCCAACUGCUGCAGGAUGUGGCGGAUGAGACCGCCCGAAGCCUUCUGGAAGUGCUGACGGUGCACACCCUUGCGGGCAGCGCCACCGUACACCUUCUUGAGCGAGCCAACACCAGUGUACUGGCGCAGGUACACCUUGCGCGCAAUCGAGGCGGCACGGAUGUAGUACCAGUCCGGAUCGGCGGGCGAGUACUCCUUGAACGAGGCCGUCUUGACCACGUCCCACCAGGCGGGCAGCUCGAUCUUACCCGAACGCUUCAGGUGCUCCGCGUAAGCCUUGAUGAAUUCAGCGGGCUUCACGUCACGGACCGUCACACCGCGCACAACUUCUUCCUCAUCGUAGUCAGCCAUUUUGGAGUCUCUAAUUGAAGCACAACGCACAGACGGGGUUAAGAACACGUCUGUACCACCGCACUCCCAGGCGCAGAGCUCUUCAGCUGCCGUUAGAGACAAGCAUCGAGUCCACGUCGGUCACGCAGGACAGUCUCGGUCUUAAGAAACAUCGUCAUUAUAACGCGUCACCCAAAGCCUCUACGACAAAUUACAGUCGAGAGGCGCUGCCAGCGGAGGAAAAACGGCCACGCCAGAAAAGACCGACCCACCACUACACACCGCACACCGAGCAACCCCACGCUACCGAAAGCAUAGGGAC